AUGUCCGACGCUUCUGCCCGAGAGAGGCAUGAUGUUCUCGAUGCCCAAUCCGACAAAGAACAAGACAAACAAUCAUCCGAGUCGGCGCAACGACCCUCUGACAAGGCACAGCCCGGCAUUGCAGCCGAGAAAUUGCCACAGGAACAACGACGAGAUUCUCUCAAGGCAUGGAAGCGGGUAGCAGGCGCUUGGCUGUUGUUCUUCGUUGCCUGGGGACCCGCUUUGUCAUACGGAUCAUUUGAGUCAUAUUAUCGAGCGGAGGUCCUUCCUGACUACUCAGCAUCAUCAUUGGCAUGGAUCGGCGCUCUUUCGACAUUGCUCCUGGUGAGCUCCGGCGCCUUCGCUGGACCGCUCUUCGAUCGGGGCUACCUCCGGACAGUCCUCAUCUGCGGGUGCCUUUUGGUCGCCUUCUCUCUUGAAAUGCUUUCGUUGUGCACAGAGUACUAUCAGAUCAUGCUGGCCCAAGGUAUUGGAUAUGGUCUUGGAAGCGGUCUAAUUUACGUGCCUGCGCUGGCCUUUGUGACCGCAUCAUUCCCGCCCAAGACUCGAGCAUACGCAGUGGGCGUGUUGACCACCGGAGCUGGCGUUGCGGGUGUUUUGUACCCGAUCAUGUUCAUCCGUUUGAUCCCCGAGAUCGGCUUCGGUUGGACCAUGCGACUCUGGGGAUUUCUCACCCUGGUGUUAGCUGUGAUCGGCAUGGUCCUCGUGUGGGACGCUCCAACUAAGACGACACGGCCUAGGUCUCUUAUUGAAUGGACUGCAUUUACGGAGUAUCCCUUUGUGAUAUUUUGUCUUACCGGAUUCUGCCAGUUCUUGGGCUAUUGGAUCCCACUCUUUUAUGUGCCCGCCUUUGCGGAGUCAAGACUCGGUGUCUCCGAUGCGGAGUCCAUCUACUUCACUUGCUAUAUUGGUGCAGGUUCCAUCUUCGGUCGGCUUUUGCCAACACCGCUCGUCACGAUAUUUGGACCGAUACCUAUCAUGUUUGCGGCCACAUGCUCAACUAUGGUAGUCUUGUUCUGCUGGAUUGCAGUGAAAAGCUAUGCCGGGUUUGUGGUGUGGUGCCUUGCUGUUGGAUUUACCAGUGGCUUGUUCGUCAGUGUGAACCCAGUGGUGGCUGCGCUGCCCAUGAUAUCGCCACCUGAGGUGAUCGGUACAAGAUUCGGAAUCGUCUGGUUCGUGACAGCAUUGGGUGCAUUAAUAGGCACUCCAAUCGCGGGUGCGCUGGCGAAUCCAUCCACAGGCGACUUCUUGAAAGCACAGAUCUUCACUGGAUGCAUCAUGUUAGGUGGAACAUUGCUCAUACCGGUCCUAUUCUAUGCGGAUCGACGAUUCCAGCGACGAGGAGCAAUGAAAUGAAUUGUUUCGACUUUUGAGGACAUUUAAAUUUUGUUAGAUAUGAUAGAUGAUAGAACGAAUUCUGGCAAUUCUCAUUGUAUGCUGGCAGAUGGACAAGCGCCGCAAAGCGCAACCAUUCAUGGGCAAGAACCUCGACUAGGGGCGACUUUCGUACUAUGUGGUGGAGUCUUACGUCCCGAUGAGCCACUGUUCAGGC